AUGGGACUCUACGUGGCGGCAGAGACGCUCAAUUAUGAAUCACCGAAACGAAAUUCGCUAAAGAGAGUGGCCGAGUUGUUCACUAUACCAGUUAGCCAUGCCGAUUACCGAAAUCGUGCUCGAACCGCACGGGAACGGACCUAUCGCCCAAAGAUUCGCACCUUGAGAAAAUCUUUUGGAGUAACCUCUCAAGUGGUUAAACGGGCGCCAACAAAUUUAAGAAACAUAACUGGAAGAUCUCUAGUGGCGCUGAAACCACCUACUCAUGCAGGCCAAGUCACUUCUGACACCGUGAUACCCUGGAAGUGGCCAAAGCAAAUGUCGACCAACACUACGUCAUCUGAAGGCUUCUCAGGAGAAAUCGAUUCUUCUAAUGAUACUUUCAUUGUCGGCAAAGAAUCGGUUCCAAAGAUGGUCGCGUGGAUCCCUAUGAAGCCUACUGUUUCAUCACAAAGCGUUACAAUUUCCGACUUACUAGCUCCUGAAGCCUCGGCAUUCAAUAAUACAAUUACAUUAAUCAAAGAGUUUAUCAAGGACAAUAAGAAGAAGAUAAAGAAAAGGCGCGGAAACAAGAGGAGACAGGCGAAAUCCGCGCUAACUUUGAGGGCUCCCGCAGAUAAGAGUAUAUACAUUGAAGAAAACGCUCGGCUCAAUUAUAAGGCAGGAGAUUUGGAUAAGGCUCUGCAGACAACAGGGCAUUCGAGUAAGGACCCGGCGCACUUACCUUACGCCAUUGGGCUGCGAAAACGAAAAAGACCAGAAAAGUCUAAAAUGGAAGGAACACUAGCGAAAGGACCUGGACCGUCGAUAGGAACACAAUCUAUUGAAGAUUUGGGUGCUCGUAUAGAGGCUGAAGAAGCGGAAAGAGUACGAGCUGAUGGCGAAAAUCCUUUGAAGUACAUGGUGAAAGAUGGCAUUCUCUUCAAGAAAAAUAAAACACCCGUAGCAAGGAUCAGCAUACCACAUGGAAUGGACACGAAGCUCGGAAUGAGCAGGAAAAUACCGCAGACGAUGGUGGAAUCUUCGCCAUUCAUCUCUGAAUUAAUGCCACCAGUCAAUCACGGUGCACCUGUUAUCCCAAAGAUGCUGAGUACAGUACGGCCAAGGCCAACCCCUCCACAUAGUCCUCCUACUAUAAGUCUCCAACAAUCACUUUUCCUCAAAAAUUCAAUCGGUCCAAAGAAGAAACAUCGAGAAGAUCCGUCGACAGCGUUGCGAUCAAGCAGAACAUUGGAAAAGGCGCUUGGUUCGCCACCCAUCGACUUAUCGCCAAAUGAUCUCAUACAGCAUGUCCAUUCUCCACCUCCGUAUCCAUUCAGCCACUGCUACAUGAAUGUCGAUGGUUUUCUGUGUUGUAAUCGCUACCUUGAAUCACUUAUGCGAAGGAGUUUCCGAAAACUGCGAAGGGCUCACAGAUUCCAUGAAUGUAGCGUGCAGAAAAUCGCGAACAGAAUACAAAAGGAUUGCGAAAAUGUUUUCAAUACAACUUUCGAAGUGGUCGUUGGUAUCGACGAUUUCGCAAUACGCGCCCAUUUCGCUGGUGACUUGAUGUGCAAAAUCCAAGAAGGAGGACGAUUCGUCAGCUCUUACGCGACAGUCAUGCCAUCAAGAGAAGGCGUGGCAACAGAUCCACUCAACGUCAUCACGAGAAUCGAAAUGAACCUGCGAGAUCGGGAUGACCAGCAAAUGGGAGAAUCCAUACAGUUUCCCGAGCAACAGUUAGACAACGCCGUUCAGCCUAUGAACCCCGAUGGGAUCCGUCGGAAAAAUCGGUCGCAAAAUAUUCCAUUUCAUGAGAAAUCUCGUGAAGACAUUGACAAUGAUAGUAUGAUAAAUAGGACGUAAAUCACUUUCUUCAUCUAGUUGAGCCAGGGUCAAGUUGUUUCCACAACCAUGACUGCUACAUCACGGCUUGGUGCAUAAGGUUCAGUUUGCGCAUGCACAUUGCUGGAAUAUAGAAACUUGAGCUAGCAAGGUGUUGCGUGUCAGCUUCACUAAUCUAUUUUCACGGGAUACACAGCUGAUCGCCGCUUUUUUGUCGAAAU